AUGAGCUCUUCAACCCCUCAACUUACAAGUGGCAUCUGCGAACGUCUCCAAGUAGGAGACCGCGAUGACCAGGAACUAUGGGAUAGCUCUCCCAUCGUCCAAUUCCUUUCGAUUAAAAAGGUCUCGGCAGGUAUCGCGACUGGGAGCUCCUCAUCUACGGAUAGGUUCAGAAUCAUUGUAUCCGAUGGCGUGCAUUUUGUCCAGGCCAUGUUGGCCACUCAGCUCAAUCAUCUUGUGGAAGAAGCCGUGAUCAGCAAGAAUACCGUGGCCAAGCUUGAGAAGAUUACUUGUAACGUCAUCCAGGAGAAGCGCUUGGUUGUUAUACUUGCACUGAGCGUCGUACACAAGGAGGCGCCAAAGAUCGGGACCCCUACUGCAUUUGGGCCAGACAAAGUCCCGGGUUCAAGUAUCCCAGCCAAAGACACGCCUACCUCUAGUUCCACUGCGGUCUCCACGCUAGUCCCAGCCCCAGCUCCAGCCCCAGCCCCAGCCUCAGCCCGCUCAGGUGGUGCGCCCUCAGCUUCGACUCAGAGAGGCGGCCGGAAUAGUACAAUCUUUCCUAUUGAAGGUCUUAGUCCCUAUCAGAACAAUUGGAAGAUCAGGGCAAGAGUCACACAUAAAUCUGACAUCCGAACGUACUCGAAUCAACGUGGCGAAGGCAAGUUCUUCAACGUCACUUUCAUGGACGAUACUGGGGAGAUCAAAGGAACUGGAUUUAACGCCGUGGUGGAUGAGCUGUACGAGAAGCUUCAAGAGGACAAGGUCUACUUCAUCUCCAAGGCUCGCGUCAAUUUAUCGAAGAAGAAAUUUUCUUCGGUGUCCAAUGAGUAUGAAUUGAGCUUGGAACGUACCACUGAAAUCGAAGAAUGUCUCGAUACGGCAAAUCUACCGGUCGUCAAGUACAACUUUGUUGAACUUUCUGGUCUCCAGGAUCUAACGAAGGAUAGUUUAUGCGACGUUAUUGGUAUCGUCAAAGACAUCGGUGACUUGGGAGAAAUCAACACCAAAGCAAACCGGACCAUUCAAAAACGGGAGCUAACACUUGUCGAUCGAUCAGCAUUUUCUGUCCGUCUCACUCUAUGGGGCAAACAAGCGGAACAAUUCAAUGCAAGUCCGUCCACCGUCAUCGCGUUCAAGGGUGUCAAAGUCGGUGAAUUUGGAGGACGCUCGCUUUCGAUGUUCAGCUCAAGCACCAUGGCUGUCAGUCCAGACAUUUCAGAGGCCCAUCUACUUCGUGGAUGGUACGACGAUGGUGGCGCAAGUACAUCCUUCACGGCGCACUCUUCGGCAGGUGCUGGGUCAGGCGCUUCCAUCAACCGCAACGAAAUGCGCACGAUCAGCGAGGUGAAGGAUGCGCAGCUAGGCAUGAACGAGGAGAAGCCCGAUUACUUCUCUACUCGUGCAACGAUUAUGCAUAUCAAGUCGGACAACAUAUCUUAUCCUGCCUGUCACACCGAAGGAUGCAGCAAGAAGGUUGUCGAAAGCCACGACGGUUGGAGGUGCGAGAAAUGUGAUCGCAGUUAUCCGAAACCCCAGUAUCGGUAUAUCAUGUCCAUGGCUGUCGCCGACCAUACUGGACAGGUUUGGUUGCAGGGUUUCAAUGAUGUCGGUGUGGCUGUUUUCGGUAAGACCGCAGACGAGGUCCACGAAAUCAAGGAGAAUGACGAAGCGGCCUACAACGACCUGAUGCUGAAGGCGACUUGCCACACAUACAUGUUUGGGUGUCGGGCGAAACAGGAUACGUUCAACGAUCAAACUCGUGUCCGCUAUGGCAUAACGCGCAUUCAGCCUGUUGACUUUGCUGCAGAGGCCCGCAUCUAUAUCGACCUUCUUCGGUCGCCUUGGGCCCAGUGA